AUGGGCAAGGGGCAAGAUGGAAAAGGAGUUCUAUCCAAAAAUGAAUACCUUUUCGCCGGUUCUGUUAGUGGUUUUGUUGCCAGAGCUGCUGUACAACCAUUGGAUGUAUUGAAGAUACGUUUCCAGUUGCAAAUGGAACCAAUUAAAGUGUCAAGUACGAGCAAGUAUCAGGGUCUUAUUCAGGCUAUCAAAUGUAUUGUUAGAGAGGAAGGCGCCAUUGCCUUUUGGAAAGGACAUGUUCCUGCUCAGAUGCAAGCUGUUGCCUUCACUGGUGUUCAGUUCCUAUCUUUCGAAGUGAUAUCUUCAUGGUUGCGGGAGGUUGACAGUAUCCUUGUUUCGGAUAAGAAAAUAUUGGGCUUGCCUUUGACAUACAAACCCCUUGGUAAUUUUCUGUGUGGGUGUGGAGCAGGAACUGUGGCAGCAGUUGUCACCCAGCCUUUGGAUGUAUUGCGAACACGUUUUAUUGCUCAAGGCGAACCAAAAACAUAUUCGAGCAUAUCACAUGCAGCUGUUCGCAUAAUGACUCGCGAAGGUCCCCGAGGAUUUUUUCGUGGACUUGCACCUUCUCUCCUUUUGAUAGCACCACAAACAGGAAUGCAGUUCGCUAUUUACCACACAUUCAAUCAAAUGGUUGAUCGUAUCAGGGAUUAUCUAAAUCCUGAUGUUAUUGAAAAGUCACAAGGUCGCGAUGGUUAUCGUCCAGUCGGUGCUUUUCAAAGUGUAAUCGCUGGUGGGCUUGCAGGAAUGGGAUCUAAGUGUAUAGUUUAUCCACUGGAUAUGGUCAAAAAGCGUAUGCAAGUUAGGGGUUUUGAAGAAGCACGAGUUCAAUUUGGUCAAAUUCCCAAUAGACAAGGUGGUUUGCUUAGAUGUUUAAUUGAAAUACGGCAAAUAGAAGGCGCUUCAGCAAUAUUUAAAGGUUUAAGACCCACCUUGUUAAAAUCUUUUGUUUCAAUAUCUUGUAGAUUUACAGUAUAUGAACAGAUUUGUAGAUUUCUUCUUUAUUACAAUCAUUCAUAA